GAUCCGAAAAUUACCAAAGAACCAGUUGUGUGUCAAAUGUGCUUCAACUUUCUAGAAAAAGCCUCCACCUUCAUGGUGAACAGUUUGAAUGUCGAACAGAAAAUUAAAAAUUACUAUGAGGAAACAAAAUCAGAAGAUCAAAUUGAUCUGUUCAACGUUUUGGAAUUUGCUUUUCCAAAAAUAGAAAUGGAUGGUGAAGUCAAUGGAGACCAUAAUGAAGAUAUGGGUAAUUCCGAUUUUGUACCUACUGAUUUACUUGAAUUGAAUCAGCCCAAAGAAGUUGUGGAACAGAAGAAACCUUUAACAAAACUGCAGGUUCGUGCUGAUGCUGACGGUGUAACAUAUUACCACUGUCCACUGUGCACCUUCACGACUAAGUACAAAUACAGCAUAAAAAUUCACAAAAACAUGAUGCACACGGAUCCAAAUGAGAUAAUGAUGUAUUCUUGUGCCAUGUGUAUGUUCAAGACAAAACACAAACGAUAUCUUGAAACCCACAUGCUGGUUCACAAAGAUCCAGAUGAUUGUGAGAUGCACCAAUGCAAAGUUUGUGAUUUCAAAACCAAAUUCAAGAGCUACAUGAAGACUCACAUGUUGAUACACAAAAGCCCAGAUGAGAUUAAAAUGCACAAAUGCGAGUUCUGUAUUUUCCAAACAAAGCAUAAAAAGUACUUAGAAACCCACGUGAAGAUUCAUAUGAAUCCUGGUGAUAUUCCAAUGCACCGUUGCGCCAUUUGUGAUUUUCAAACAAAAUCUAAGUCCUAUUUGAAAACCCAUAUGUUAACCCAUAAGAAUCCAGGUGAAAUACCAAUGCAUAAAUGCAACGAAUGCAGUUUCAAAACCAAAUUCAAGUAUUAUCUCACCAAGCACAUGAUAAUCCACAAGAAUCCUGAUGAGAUACCCAUGUACCAGUGUGAGCAGUGCUCCUUUCGUACCAGACAUAAGAAAUACUUGGAAACUCAUAGCAUGGUCCACAAAAACCCUGAUGAACUGGUAAUGUACUCUUGUAAUCAGUGCGAGUUCCAAACCAAGUCAAAGGCUUACCUCUUCAAGACUCACAUGCAAAUACACAAAAACCCGGACGAGUUGGUUUUGCACAAAUGCGACUUGUGUCCCUUCAAAACCAGACACAAAAGUUACUUGGAAACUCAUAUGCUCACACACAAGAGUCCAGACGAGGUAACAAUGCACAGGUGUACGGAAUGCGAUUUCCAAACAAAAUUUAAACACUACCUGAAGCGUCAUAUGUUGGUUCAUAUGGCUCCUGAAGACUGCGUCAUGUACAAGUGCUGGGAGUGUAACUUCGAGACUAAACAUAAAAACUAUUUGGACACCCAUAUAUUGUAUGUGCAUAAAAGCAAAGAUGAAGUUCAAAUGUAUUCUUGUUCACAGUGCGAAUUCCAGACAAAAUCCAAAGGGUAUCUGAAGACGCACAUGAUGCUGCAUAGGAAUCCGAAUGAGGUAACAAUGUAUAAGUGUAAAAAGUGUAGGUUUAAAACUAGGCAUAAAAGUUAUCUCAAAACUCAUAUGAUCCACAUGCACAAUACCAAAUGGAUGUAGGGCUAUUCAUUCCAACAAGGAAGAGUGAUAUUCAAAAUGCUGCAAGUUUAUAAAACUUGAAAUGAGUUUAGAAAAGUGUCGAAAUGUUUGACACCAGUGUUAUGCCAAAGCUAUGACUACUUUGUUUUCACAGUAACUUUAAGUUGUCAAAUCAAACUUGAUAUACCAAAGCAUCA